AUGAGCGGCAACAAGCCCGGCGGCAGCGGUGGUAGCAGUGCCAACAUGCGUGAUGCGAUGCACUACGGAGAAAUGAUGGAAGCGGACAACGCAGGUGGGAUGAAGGGCACGGCGGCACCAAACAAUUACAUGAACCAAGUAAACAGUGGUAAGAACCUGCCCUGUACAUCCCCCCCUUCCUACCUGAACAGUACCAACAGCGUUGGUAUGGGAAAGGGUAGCCACUUCAAUCCUAUCCCCAGUGGUGGCGACGGGACGAUAAGUAUAACGAGCAGCCUACUAAGUAGUAAUGAACAGAACGUACAGAUGAGGCAGCAGAUGGGAAUGAAUAAGAAUUGCGGAGGUACAUCCGCUGCAGGUGGGUCUAGUUCUGGUGCUAGUGCAUCCGGAGGAGCAGCAGGAAUGCACGAGUCUUAUCAGAAGCCUAUUUUAUCAUCCUAUAACAUGAACAGCAUGCAAGUGCAGUCGACUAUGGGAGGUCACCACAUGGUUAGUGCCAAUCAAGCAGGUGGCAAUGGCACCAACCACAUGGGAGGUAGAUACAGCAAUAUGAAUUACCCUAUGCAAGACAUGAACCCUAAUGUUCAUAUGAACAGUGGAAAAGGUGCCCAUACAAAUAACGAAAUGAAGCAUAGUAGUAAGGAUCCCAAUUUUUUGGGAACAAAUAAUAUAAAACCGAACAGCUUUGUGAAUAAUAUGUAUUAUCAAAGGAAUGACAUGAUGUUAAGGAACAGUUCCAAUAGCUACAAUAUGCAUGGGAACUUCUAUGGUAACAGCAGUAGUGGCGGAAAUGCUGGCAGUGGCAUGAAUGCGAGUCAAUUAAAUGUGGGAAGUAGGACUCGCAAUAGUAGCGGCGUGAACGCUAUUGGAGGAAGUAACAGCAACAACAGCGGUGGUAACCUUAGCGGUGGUAACAACAACCUCGGCGCGAAGAGCAUGAGCAAGGGGAGCACCGGAGGUGGAGGCGCGGGAGCGAUGAACGUCGACUCCACAGGGAUGCCCAACAAUGUCAUGAUGAAUAUGGUUAACAAUAACGUCAUGAUGAAUAGCAAAGUGAUGAAUAGCAUGAUGAUGGGUAGUGGUGCUGCCGGUUCUGGGGGGGCCAAAAAUGCCAUUGGAGCAGGAGGUCUCCCAGGGAUGAAUAUGGCCGGUAUGAAUAUGAGCGGUAUGAACAUGGGUAGUAUGGGUAUGGGUGGAAUGAGCAUGGGUGGCAUGGGAGGCAUGCAUGGCAAAGGAAUGAACGGCAUGCCGAGCCAUCGAUCCAGUAGCGCAAUGGAGAAAGGAAAUUCUUUAGGUGAUGUGAACGGCAUGAGAUAUCACCAUCCCAUGGGGGGAGCAGGAGCAAGUAACGUGUACAACAAAAUGGGGUUCAACCAUUUGAGUGACAACCCGUAUGAUAAUUAUGCAGCGAAUCACAUGUCGGCUAAGAGCGAGUGUGGCCCGAUGGGCAAGGACAGUAAGGGUGGUACCCUUGGAGGAAAGAAUGCCAGCAAGCAUGGAAAGGGUGGAAAAAAUAUAAAGGAUGAACUUUUAGAUAAGGAUGGCACCAUGGGCAUGAUGAACAGCGGCUCCCUGCUGAGUGAGGGCAAAGGCAAAUCCACCGGGGGGGGAACAUCCACCAGGAAGGGGAAAGCAACUGUAGGGGCAGCGGGCGGAGUAGCCACUUCCUCGAUAGAGCAGUUCAAUGGUAGCGGAAUGAUGAGUAAUGAUCAGCAGUCGGCAGGGGUGUAUAAGAAGUACGGCAAGAAUGGAGAGAACCAAGUUGAUGUGAAGGAUAAAAAAAUGGGAAGCAGUAAUAGCGGGAGUGCUGUCAGCGGAGGAGGAGAAGCAACCAUGAGCAGUGGAGGAGCAAGUCAUCCCUACAACUUGUUCCCAAAUUACAAUUUAAAAUACCCAAUGGGUGUCGAUAUGUUUGGCAGCAUGGGGACUACCCCUUAUGGAAUGCCGAGUAAGGGAGGAGGAGGUGCUUACCCAAACAUGAAUAUGAUGAAUGGGGUUAGUGGAACUAGUGGAGGCAACGAAAUGACUAGCAGCGGUGGAAAUGGUAGCACCUCUGCUGGGAGUUCUUACGGAGGACUGAACAAACUAGGCAGUAUGAACAGCUACAAUAUGAUGAACGCCUAUGGGGACAAUAGGUACAGUAACUUAAAGUCUAUGGAUCCGAUGAAGUCGUUCAACGACGGGAUGGUUAUGGGAGGAGGAGCAGGAGGAGCAGCCCACCAUGGAAGUAGCAACCUUGGCAGUAUGAUGAGCAUGGGUAACAUGGGUAACAUGGGCAACGUGGGCAACGUGGGUAACUACAACAGCUUGAACAACUUCAUGCACAGUCGCAACUAUCCGAACGACAUGAAUAUGAGAAUGCUCAGCGGUAGAGGAGUGAUGGGGGUGAACAACCCCGCGAGCAUGUGUAACAAUCAGGGCAGCAUGAUGAUGAUGGGUGGGGGAGGUGUCGGUGCAGCAGGAGCGGGGGGAGUAGGAAUGCACGCGAACCCCAGUCGUAACUCCAGAUUUAAGAAUGAAGAAGGGGAGGAUGAGGAAUACGAAGAUGAGGAUGUGCAUGGUGGGUCGUCCCUUUAUGGAGGAAGUAAAUACAUGAGGAAGAGUGCACAUGGAAAGCAAACGAACAAAUCGAGAAAAUCGGAGACGCAAAAGAAAGAGAAAAAAAAGAAAAAGAAAAAAAAACACACAAAUAACUCCCUCGAUACUGAUGAAGAUGAAGACAAUGAGCUGUAUGUCAACACGUAUGUGAAGAAGUCCCAUACAAAGAGCAGUAGUAAGAAGUCCCAGCUGUAUGACCCUGUGGAGGAUCGAUACAACGAAAGGGCCAAACGGAAUGAGAAAAACGACAUUUUUGUAUCCCCCUAUAUUGGCACCGUGGAAGGAAGAACCAAUUUGAGGGAAAGGAGGAAGGUGAACAAUUACGCACAGAUGGAAAGCUACUUCGAAACGGACGAGGAGGACAAGAAGGUAGACGAGGAAAAAAUGCUGCUCAGGCAGGAGAAGCAGAUCAUGGGAGGCAUCGACCGUGUGCUGCACCACAGGAGGAUCAUCGACUACGAAAAUGUGAACAAUAUAAAGAAUAAUCCCUUCCUGUACAUCAACAAGGGGAGUGCCUCGGAGGGUGCAGCGGGGGGAGAAGCCGGUGGGGGAGCACCCGGCGAGGGAGCAGACGGUGGAGGAGCACCUGGGGGAGCUCCUGAGGGACCACCCGGCAAAGGCGCGGGGCCGAACGAGCAGGAGGACCCCACGACGGACGAUUUUUACGAAGAAGAAGACAUCGAUGACGUAAGUCAGGUAGAGUUCCUAAUCAAAUGGAUGGGAAAGUCUCACAUACAUAAUUUUUUCUGUACAUAUGAUUACUUAAAAAAUUUUAACGGACUAAAAAAGGUAGACAAUUAUAUAAAGAAAAUAAAGCAGUCAUUUCAAAAGAGGAAAUAUAUGACAGCUGAUGAAAUUGAGCAAGAAAAAAUAUACUCGGAGAUUAAGAAGCAAAUAGAAAUGGAUGCAAUCCAUGCAGAGAGGAUAGUAACUCACAGGAUGUGUGAAGUGACUGGUGAGCAGCUGUUUCUUGUGAAAUGGAUGAGCUGUGCUUAUGAUCAGUGUACAGAAGAAACAAGGCAGACGUUAGUAGAUCAUGGGUUUAUUAAACUUAUUGAAGAAUAUUUUGAUAGGGAAAGUAAAAUCUGUGGAGUGAAGGCCAUUUCAAGUACAUGGAAUAGGGGACCUCUAACAGCCACAAAGUUUGAUCCGUACAAUGAGACUCCAUUUUAUUUGAAUGAAAAAAAAUUGAGAGCGUACCAAUUGACAGGUCUUAACUGGAUGGUUAGCCGAAUGAAACGAAAUUUAAGUGUCCUAUUAGCAGACGAGAUGGGAUUAGGAAAAACGGUGCAAACUAUUGCAGUGGUGGGUCAUAUGCUAUAUAAAGAGAAAUUAAUUGGUCCUUAUCUUGUAAUCGUACCGCAGUCCACUGUUGAUAAUUGGUUGAAUGAAUUCAAGAGUUGGCUUCCCCAAGCGAAUGUCGUAUGCUAUCAUGGAAAUGCCGUCAGUAGAGAACUCAUAAGGACUCACGAAUUGAAGAAGGUCUACGUACCUAAUAGGGGCUAUAGAUACAAAUUUGAUGUUUGCAUUACGACUCCAUCUAUUUUGAACAGCUUGAGUGAUGUGGAGUUGCUCAAAAAGAUGCCUUGGCAAUUAAUGGUGGUGGAUGAGGCUCAUCAGUUGAAAAACCGCCAAUCGAAGAGGUUCAUCGAGUUGAAGCAGUUCAUGGCUGAAUCGAAGUUACUCCUUAGUGGUACCCCCCUGCACAAUAACUUGGAGGAACUGUGGACUCUGCUGCAUUUCCUAAACCCGCAACAGUAUACACAUUAUGAGAAUUUUCAAAAGAAAUACAACGAAAUUGAGAACACUAGUCUGAUUGGGGAAGCGAAGCAGAAGCAGUUGAUGCAGUUACAACACGAGUUGCAUGAAGUUAUCCUGAGGAGAGUUAAAAAGGAUGUAGAGAAGUCCCUACCCAAUAAGGUGGAACGAAUUCUCAGAGUAGAGUUAUCACCCAUUCAGAUAGAAUUUUACAAAAAUAUUUUAACAAAAAAUUAUGAACAGCUAGCCAAAGCGUCUGGUGGAGCCAAAAAUUCGCUUCAGAAUAUUUGUAUGGAAUUAAAGAAAGUAUGCAACCAUCCAUUUUUGUGUUGCGAACCUGUAGACAAGGAUGAGUAUAAAGAACGACUGGUUUAUUCAAGUGGGAAAAUCUGCCUUCUGGAGAAGCUACUAAUCAGAUUGAAGGAGAGAGGAAACCGCGUCCUUAUUUUCUCCCAAAUGGUGAAGAUGCUAAAUAUCCUGAGUGAAUAUUUAACCUUAAGAGGAUUCAAACAUCAGAGGUUAGAUGGGACGAUGUCUAAAGAAAUGAGAAAAAAAGCUAUGAACCAUUUUAAUAGUAAAAAUUCGGAUGAUUUUGUAUUCCUUUUGUCGACUAAAGCUGGUGGGUUGGGAAUUAAUCUAACUUCAGCAGAUACUGUCAUUAUUUACGAUUCUGAUUGGAAUCCACAGAAUGAUUUGCAAGCAGGUGCUAGAGCUCAUCGUAUUGGACAAACGAAAACGGUGCAGAUUUACAGACUAGUUACUAAGGACUCGAUUGAACAGACCAUCCUCGAAAGAGCUAAAGUUAAAAUGGUUUUAGAUACUCUAGUCGUUCAAGGACUGAACAAGAAGCAAAAUGAUAACGUGAACUAUAUCGGUGGAGAGGGAGGAAAUACGUCGAAUGGAUUCACUAGAGAAGAACUCUCCAAAAUUUUAAAAUUCGGUGCACAGAAAUUGUGGGAAAAAAACAGCUCCAAAUAUUCCCCUCAAAAAGCAGAUGAAGAAAAAACAGUUAUUAAAGGAGUAGAUGUGGACUUAGAUAAAAUUUUAGAAGAAGCUGAGGCACAUGAAAAUGCUAACAAUGCUAACAAAGAUUUAAAUUCCGAAUUUAAUAGUCUGCACAAUUCGAAUAACUUGUUUUCAGGUGGAAAUAACCUCUUUGGAAAUGGAACAAACGGGACAGCAUCCGGUACAGGAACAGGAGGGGGAGGAGGAGGAGGAAUUGCAGAUGAUCUACUCAGCUCGUAUAACAAUAUUACCGAGUUUAAGUAUGAACCUCCUGCCAAUUUGAAGAGUAAUAUAUAUAAUGACUCCACUAAGGCAGACGAGUUAGAGGAGGAAGAACAAAAUGACAAAGACUUCUGGGAUCGAACUAUCCCAUUAGAAGAGAGACUAAAAUUGAAGAGAAUGAAAGAGGAAGAACUGUUAGUUCAUGGACCUCGAAAAACCAGAACCCGAGAGAAUCAUAGUCGACACAAUAUGUAUGUGGACACAAGUGCGAACACACAAAUGGCUAAUGAAGACGAUGAUGACAGUGAGGAGUAUACCAUAAAGUAUCUUGACAAGAGUAAACACUUGAAGAAAAAAAGAAAGAGAAGAACAUCUACUCAUAUAACGGAGAAGGAUAAGUUCCGAUUGUACAGAUCACUUCUUAAGUUUGGAAAUCCUUAUCUACGUUUAGAUGAUAUUCGAGUAGAUUCCAAACUCACCAAAGUGGACCAAAAUGUGAUUCUCACAGAACUUAAUAUCAUUGUAGAUACUUGCAAAGAAAUUGUAGAGAAGGUUGCUAGGGAGAGCUCUUUGAAGGUGAACGAGGAGGGUGGAAUAGUCGCAGCGGAUGGAGUUGAGGGGGCAGUUAUUGAUGUUGCAGCGGGAGUGGAGGAUGAGGAGGAAGAGGAAGAAGAAGGAAGGGCCGUCAAACGAGUGAAAGACGAGGCGGAUAUCAAGCUGUUGAAGGAGGAAGAAAAUAUUAACACCACUACGACUACUGAUAGCAACCAUUUGACAGUCGCCUCGUGUGAUGAUUCGAGCGGGAAGAAAUUGGAGGAGGGAGCAGACGACGUGGGUGCUGUUGCCGAUAGUGCCAAGUCGUAUGAGGAGAAGGGGGGUGAAGCACCGGGCGAAGUAGCCGCUGGAGAAGUAGCCGCGGGGGAAGUAGCCGCGGGAGGAGCAACCUCGAGUGGAGUACCCGCCAGUGGAGUAACCACCAGUGGAGGGGGUCUCUUUUCCAAGUUCCUGAAUUUGGUGAAGGGCCAGGGUGACGAGGAGAAGGUCGCGGCAGUCAAGGGGGAAAUGAAGAAGGAAGUGAAGGACGCGAGGGACGCGGAAGAAGCGAACGGAAAGGAAAACGACAAUAACUCGAAUGAGGACAGCGAUGGAAACAAUAAGGCCAAGGGUACGGAACGGGGAAGGAAAAUAGACGCCUAUACCUUCCACAUUGGUACGAACAGAGCCAACGCCUUGGACCUGUGUCAGCGGCUGCAGUUGUUUAAAAGCUUGCACGAGUUUGUGAAGGAGCAGAAUGGUGGAAACGAGUAUAGCUUCAGGCUUCCCCUGAGAGGCAGCAGCAGCGCCAGUGCCAGUGUGUCCUCCGGAGCUCUGGAGGAGGGCAAGCAGCAGCAGGGGAAGCAACAGCCGGGGAAGCAACAGCCGGGGAAGCAACAGCCGGGGAAGCAACAGCCGGGGAAGCAACAGCCGGGGAAGCAGCAACCGGAGCAAUCGCAGGAGAAAACCGAGUUAGAGUUAGCGGGUGAGGUGAAGGCUGAAAUGAAGGCUGAAAUGAAAGCCGAAAUGAAAGCCGAAAUGAAAGCCGAAAUGAAAGCCGAAGUGAAGGCGGAAGAAGGAGAAGACGGAGAAGAAGGAGAAGUAAAGAAAGAGCCUGCCAGCGAUGCAGUUGCUUCAGGAACCGCACAAACGAAGGAAGAAGUAAGCGACUAUCUAAAACUGAAGCUACCCGACUACAUAUUUAACCACCUGAGAGACCUCGCGACGAAGGAUGUAAAGGCAUGGUCAAAGGAAGACGAUGAAAAUUUAAUCAAAGGAGUAUACGUAUAUGGAUUUGGAGCUAUUAACGAAAUCUGCUCAGAUGUGAAUCUAAAUCUGGGUCAUAUCAAGAAUGUGAAAUGUGACAAAGUGAAGAUGAGAUGUGUUCGUAUUUUGAAAAUGAUAGAAGAAUUUAAUUCGAACGUUAAGGACGAGACGACUAGUAGGAAACGGAGAAGGGUGCGAAACAGGAAUAGGAAUAGGAACAAUGAAGUGACUAAAGGGGAGGAGAAAGGCGUAGGAGCUGGUGCAGGUACAACUAGCAGUUGUAGGAAGGUGAAACAGGAGGAGGAAGAAAUUGGAGCGGCGGAUGUAGUAACCGGGUCGACAGGGGGAACAAACAGCAUGGUGAAGGGAAGCAGUGGAAGUAAUCAUAGGCAAAGCUACUACAGCAGGAGGAGCAGCGAAAGGGUGAAAGCUAUUUACGUGCAUGAUGACAAGGAAGACGGAGUGGUUACGAAGAAGAGAGCUGUUUGCCUUUCAGGGGCGUCCAUAAAAAGGGGUGAAAAGGGAGAAAAGGCGGAAAAGGCGGAAAAGGCAGAGCACAUCAAUGGGGGGGAGAGUACCACCCUCCAUAGCGAGCGAAGGAAAGGUGGCACACGGUCAGGGUCAGCCGCCAAAGGUGAAAGGAGUGCCAAUCACAGCCACCCCCACAACAACAAUAACAAUAGCAGCGGCGGUGUGGGAAGCGUGGGGACCAUGGGGAGCCUACGAAGCCUCGGCAGUGUUGGCAGCUUUGGAAGCCUUGGAAGCAAUACCAUUAAUAAUAACAGGAAGAACAACCGCCCGGGGGGGGGAGAGAGCUCAGAGUGCACCUCGUCCAACGAAAACCAAGCCUUUGGCAGUAAAGAAGAUGGAGACCAGGCCGUCAAAGGUAUUAUGGGUGGCACAGGGGCACCAGAAAGCAGCGGCGCGCACAGGAGAAGCCACAGAAGUAGUAGUAAUAGUGGAAAAAAAUACAACAGUGCUGUCCAGGAGAGUGGAAAAAUGACUCGAAGGAAAAGCUCCCGAGUGAGAAGAGGAAAGAAUGAAGCAUCAUCUGCUCUUGCCACAGGGAAAAGCAAUGCAGUUACCUCAAAUGAAGGUGAAUACUUAGGCAGUUACGUAGAUCUGAGCAUUAAUACCGAGGGAGGAGCAGGAAUAGGGGCGCUGGAGGGAGAAGACAAACAGAUGGAGGGUCAAGUGGAGGGCCAAAUGGAGGGCCAAAUGGAAGGACAGUUGGAUGACCAAUUGGAUGACGAGGAGGUCAGAUGA